AUGUCUUCGCUCCUUGUCAUCCUCACCACGCUGGCCGCCACCUCCCUCGCGGCGCCCUACCGCUCCGCCGGCUACCGGCCGGGCUACAGCACGCGUCACCGCCAGAUCAACACGACGGCGGCGAGCGCCCAGUGCCCGAUCCUGCUGGACGGCCGCGUGCCCGCCAACGCGACCCUGGCCUCGUUCGACACGGCCAACGGCAUCUUCAACCCGGACUACGUCAAGGGCAACAACGUCACCUGGUCGCAGAUCCUCGAGGAGCCCGCCGGCGCGCUGGCGUCCAAGUUCGACGCUGCCCCCGAGUACAAGGCCAUCGAGGUGACCAUCGACGACGACUCCAUCUUCCAGAAGCAGUACGGCUUCCGCCGCGCCGGCCUGCAGUUCGCCGCCGACAGCUCCAACGACACGUCCGACUCCGGCGUCGUCACCCUGCACUGGAGCGUCAAGCAGGACUUUGAGAAGCCGCUGAACCUGAGCCACGAGUACCUGAACGUCUGGCACGAGGCCGCCGACUACAGCGCCAACCAGUUCAACUUCAACACUGGCUACCGCAUCGGCACCAACGGCUCCGACAAGGAGUCGUGGCAGCUCCUCGGCCGCGACUCCAACCUCCUUUGGUCCACCCCCAUCGACUUCACCAACUGGCAGAACUUCGCCCUGACCCUGGACUACACCGCCAACACCCUCACCAUCUACACCUCGAAGAACGAGGAGCCGCUCGAGAAGGCGGGUGGUCCCUUCACCAACGACAACUCCGGCGCCGGCCAGUUCCAGAUUGGUAUUCUCAAGAAGCCGACUGGCACUGAUGAUGUCGUCAACAGUGGUUUCCAGGAGAGCAACUUCAAGGAGGGCCAGAUUUAUGGUGGCAUCUUCGUCGAGAACAGCGCCAACGGUUGCAUCUCCCUGUAA